CUUGGCUGGGCCUAAACUCAAUCGUGCUCUGGUACAGGUUUCAGGGCAAAGCUGCCAUGCGUUCCGGGGGCCGCGGGCGGCCCCGCCUGCGGCUAGGGGAACGUGGCGUUAUGGAGCCACUCUUGCCCCCGAAGCGCCGCUUGCUACCGCGGGUCCGGCUCUUGCCCCUGUUGCUGGCGCUGGCCGUGGGCUCGGCGUUCUACACCAUUUGGAGCGGCUGGCACCGCAGGACUGAGGAGCUGCCGCAGGGCCGGGAGCUGCGGGUCCCGUUGAUCGGAAGCCUUCCCGAAGCCCGGCUGCGGAGGGUGGUGGGACAACUGGACCCACAGCGUCUCUGGGGCACUUAUCUGCGCCCCCUGCUGGUUGUGCGAACCCCAGGCAGCCCGGGAAAUCUCCAAGUCAGAAAGUUCCUGGAGGCCACGCUGCGGUCCCUGACAGCAGGUUGGCACGUGGAGCUGGAUCCCUUCACAGCCUCGACGCCCCUGGGGCCAGUGGACUUUGGCAAUGUGGUGGCCACGCUGGACCCGGGGGCUGCCCGUCACCUCACCCUUGCCUGCCAUUAUGACUCGAAGCUCUUCCCACCCGGAUCGACCCCGUUUGUAGGGGCCACGGACUCAGCUGUGCCCUGUGCCCUGCUGCUGGAGCUGGCCCAGGCACUUGACCUGGAGCUGAGCAGGGCCAAAGAACAGGCAGCUCCGGUGACUCUGCAACUGCUCUUCCUGGAUGGUGAAGAGGCGCUGAAGGAGUGGGGACCCAAGGACUCCCUUUACGGUUCCCGGCACCUGGCCCAGCUCAUGGAGUCUAUACCUCAUAGCCCUGGCCCUACCAGGAUCCAGGCUAUUGAGCUCUUUAUGCUUCUUGAUCUCCUGGGAGCCCCCAAUCCCACCUUCUACAGCCACUUCCCUCGCACGGUCCGCUGGUUCCAUCGGCUGAGAAGCAUUGAGAAGCGUCUGCACCGUUUGAACCUGCUGCAGUCUCAUCCCCAGGAACUGAUGUACUUCCAACCCGGGGAGCCCUUUGGCUCUGUGGAAGACGACCACAUCCCCUUCCUCCGCAGAGGGGUCCCCGUGCUCCAUCUCAUCUCCACGCCCUUCCCUGCUGUCUGGCACACCCCUGCGGACACAGAGGCCAAUCUCCACCCGCCCACGGUACACAACUUGAGCCGCAUUCUGGCCGUGUUCCUGGCUGAAUACCUGGGGCUCUAGUGCCCUCGGCCAAUGCCUGUGGAGAGGACUGUGAGAGAGAAGGUCCCACCGGGGGCCAGUGAAGCUCAGGCGGGAUCUGCCUAGAGUGUGCUGGCUUGUUGUUUUCACACCUUUGUCUCCUAAUUGUGCUACAACUGGAAGACCUUCUUUCUUUUGAUUGUCUCAAGCUGCCACCCUUCAAGGACAGGGAAGAGACCACUGUGGGGUGACAGCCAGAGGAAUAAGAACUUGGUCCCUCCCCAGAGGUAAACACUUGGUCCAAAGGUUUGCAGGGGCCAAAUGUUGUUUUUUUUUUUUUUCCUUGAGACGGAGUCUCGCUUUGUUGCCCAGGCUGGAGUGCAGUGGCCCGAUCUCAGUUCAUUAAAGCUCCGCCUCCUGGAUUCAUGCCAUUCUCCUGCCUCAGCCUCCCGAGUAGCUGGGACUACAGGCGCCCACCACCAUGCCCGGCUAAUUUUUUGUAUUUUUAGUAGAGAUGGGGUUUCAUCGUGUUAUCCAGGAUGGUCUCAAUCUCCUGACCUCGUGAUCCGCCCGCCUCGGCCUCCCAAAGUGCGGGGAUUACAGGCGUGAGCCACUGUGCCUGGCAAAAUGCUGUUCUUUAGGUCAGCGAACUGAAAGAGUAAAAGACUGCCAGGUGUGGUGGCUCAUGCCUGUAAUACCAACACUUCGAGAGGCUGAGCGGGGAGGAUCACCCGAGGUCAAGAGUUUGAGACCAGCCUGGCCAACAUAGUGAAACACUGUCUCUACUAACAAUACAAUAAUUAGCUGGGCAUGGUCGCAGGUGCCUGUAAUCUCAGCUGCUUGGGAGGCUGAGGCAGGAGAAUCACUUGUACCCAGGAGGCAGAGGUUGCAGUGAGCCGAGAUCAUACCACUGCUCUCCAGCCUGGGCAACAGAGCAAGACUCUGUCUCAAUAAAUAAAUAAAUAAAUAUGUUUAAAAAAGAGUAAAAGACUAAAAGACUGUUACUGGUCUGGUCCAGUGAUGCCACCCAACCAGAUGAAUUCUCCGUGGCUUGUUUUGUGUCAGGUAAUUCUCCAGAAUGGCAGCCUUGCUACUGCACCAGUCCUAACCUAACUCCCACAUGCGGCACACAGGAUGUGUUCAUAACCAGGCACAGAGGAGACAAGCUGAUAUUUUGCAAGUCCAGAUUCUUCCAAACCUAAUGGGUAAUAAGCCAUUGUUUCUGGCUGGGCAUGGUGGUUCACACCUGUAAUCCCAGCUCUUUGGGAGGCAGAGGCAGAGGGACAGCUUGAGCUCAGGAGUUUGAGACCAGCCUGGGCUAAUAUAGUGUGACCCCAUUCUCCAGAAAAAGGAAAAAGAAAAAAAGUGUAACCAGCGUUUCUGCAGAACACUGCCUGCAUAAGCCAGGUGUGGUGGUGCACACCUGUAGUCUCAGCUACUCAGGAGGCUGAGGUGAGAGAAUCCCAUGAAUCCAAGAGUUCAAGACCAGCCUGGGCAACACAGUGACACCCUGUCUCAAAACAAACAACAACAAAAACGCCAAACAUUCUGUAGAACUCAUGUAAAUAGACAUUGCAUGACAAAGGGGGUCUGAAAUCCAAGAAGCAGGGUGAGACAACAUAAAAUGUGUUUCCUCACUGCAUCAUGUGAAUUUCUAAGACAGAGGCUCCCAAAGUAUUUCACUAUGGAACGCUUUUUAUUAGGAAGCACUUCACAGAACUAAGAUACCUCGGCCGGACAUGGUGGCUCACACCCGUAAUCCCAGCACUUUGGGAGGCCAAGGCCCGCAGUUCGCCUGAACUCAGGAGUUCAAGACCAGCUUGGACAACAUGAUG